GCAGGGAGGGAGAGAGAGUGAGUGAGUGAGUGAUAGAGAGAGGGAGAGAGAGAGAGAGAGAGAGGGCGAACAGGGAGGAAGGCUGCAGCGUAAAGGACUAACAUGAGCGUGUAGCUCAAACGCUUUCGCCUUCUCAGAUCAACAAAGAAGCGAAGCAGCUGAAUAUCUCGGCGAGUGGAUGGCAAUAGUCUCCGAGCGGUUCGUCAGCAGACUGGGAGAAGGAGGAAUCCCAAACGCCUCUCCCACUCAACGCCUAUUGGAAAACGAAUAGUACAAGACAAGCCCCGCUGAAGACCAUCACAUUUGGGAUAUUUUACUCUGUGUUAUUGCCGAUAUUUUGCCUAUUGGACUCGCACCUCUGCUCAGCGCUAUUCCAGACGUAGGGAAUUCGCUUGUUUACGUAUGCUUCCCAUUACGAGGGAAGACGGAUCGUAAACAAAAACAGGAGCCUCUGGUUUUUGCAUAUCGCGUUUUUGCAUCCUAUUUGAUUGUUCCGCUCAAAUGAAAGAAUCAGGUUGAUCCGACUAGCGGUUUUGGGGAUUAAAUCAUCACAGCAUCCAUCUAUACGUGCAUGUACACUGAUGACGUGAUGACAUCUACGGGUAUAGCGACUCCCUGAAUCAAAACCUGCUUUUGAAACCGUCUGUUCUCGCAAAGAAGCCAGCUGCAUCUCACUUGAGCGUCACCAUGGUGGUUUUUAAUGGAGUGUUGAAGAUCAAGGUUUGCGAAGCUUUGGAUCUGAAACCUACCGCAUGGUCGCUCCGGCAUGCCGUGGGACCAAAGACCCAGACCUUCCUCUUGGACACAUAUAUGGCCCUCAACGUGGACGAUUCUCGUGUGGGCCAAACUUCUACCAAGCAGAAGACAAAUAGCCCAACUUGGAACGAUGAGUUCGUAACAGAGGUUUAUGAUGGGAAGAAAAUUGAACUGUCUGUCUUUCACGACGCACCGAUUGGCUAUGAUGACUUUGUGGCCAACUGCACUAUACAGUUUGAAGACCUGCUGCAGAAUGGCAGUAGGCACUUUGAAGAUUGGAUCGACUUGGAGCCCGAGGGCAAAGUGUACGUCAUCAUCGAUCUGACAGGAUCUUCCAGUGAAGCUGCAUCAUCCAAUGAAAAUGAAGAAAGAGUGUUCCGUGAGCGGAUGCGUCCGCGCAAACGUCAGGGAGCGGUCCGGAGGCGCGUCCAUCAGGUCAACGGUCACAAGUUCAUGGCCACCUACCUGAGACAGCCCACUUACUGCUCCCACUGCAGAGAUUUCAUCUGGGGUGUAUUGGGGAAACAGGGGUAUCAGUGUCAGGUGUGCACCUGCGUGGUCCAUAAGAGAUGCCAUGAACUCAUUAUAACAAAAUGCGCUGGCUUGAAGAAACAAGAAGACACUCCUGAAGAGGUUGGCUCUCAGCGCUUCAGUGUAAACAUUCCACACAUGUUCAGCAUUCAUAAUUACAAAGUCCCCACCUUCUGUGACCACUGCGGCUCCUUACUUUGGGGACUGAUGCGGCAAGGCCUGCAGUGCAAAGCAUGUAAAAUGAAUGUCCAUCGGCGCUGUGAAAGUAAUGUAGCUCCUAGCUGUGGUGUCGAUGCCAGAAAAAUCGCUAAAGUGCUCUCUGAUCUCGGGGUGACGCCAGAUAAGAUAUCCAACAGCACCCAGCGCAGGAAAAAGUUGACUCCAGGGCAGGACCCUCAGCAGCCCACGACAGAAGCCCCAACAUCAGAGGAAUCUGACCGAUGCAAAUCAGCUCCAACUUCACCUUGUGACCAAGCGGAGCUCGCAGAACUGGAGAGCAUCCGUAAGGCCCUUUCAUUCGGCCAGGAGCACAAGUCUUCCUCCUCCUCCGCAAGCAGCGGCAUUCAGAGCACAGCGACCGAGGGCCGGGAGAACGGAGAUGUGAAGACAGUCCAGACGAAGAGGAUGAGUCUCACCGACUUCUCUUUCAUCAAAGUGCUGGGCAAAGGCAGCUUCGGCAAGGUGAUGCUGGCAGAGCUGAAAGGCACAGAUGAAGUUUACGCCGUGAAAGUAUUGAAGAAAGACGUCAUCCUUCAAGAUGAUGAUGUGGACUGCACUUUGACGGAGAAACGCAUUCUAGCUCUGGCUAGAAAACAUCCCUAUCUGACCCAGCUGUUCUGCUGCUUCCAGACGAAGGAUCGGUUGUUCUUUGUUAUGGAGUAUGUGAACGGAGGAGACCUGAUGUUUCAGAUCCAGCGCUCACGGAAGUUUGAUGAAGCUCGUUCCCGUUUCUACGCAGCUGAGGUCACAUCUGCGCUUAUGUUCCUGCAUCAACACGGUGUCAUCUACAGAGAUCUGAAGCUGGAUAACAUUCUGCUGGACGCUGAAGGCCACUGUAAACUGGCCGACUUUGGCAUGUGCAAAGAGGGCAUUCUGAACGGGGUCACGACCACCACCUUCUGCGGGACCCCUGACUACAUCGCACCCGAAAUCCUGCAGGAAUUGGAGUACGGCCCGUCAGUGGAUUGGUGGGCGCUGGGCGUUCUCAUGUACGAAAUGAUGGCCGGUCAGCCUCCGUUUGAAGCUGACAACGAGGACGAUCUUUUUGAGUCCAUCCUCCACGAUGACGUGCUUUAUCCCGUGUGGCUCAGUAAAGAAGCCGUCAGCAUUCUAAAGGCUUUUAUGACGAAGAGCCCCAGUAAGCGUCUGGGCUGUGUGGUGACCCAAGGACUGGAGGAAGCCAUCAAAGUCCACCCUUUCUUCAGAGAGAUCGACUGGGUCUUGCUGGAGCAGAGGAAGAUCAAGCCCCCCUUUAAACCUCGCAUUAAAACCAAGCGCGAUGUGAAUAACUUCGACCAGGACUUUACCCGUGAGGACCCCGUGCUGACGCCAGUAGACGAGGCCAUCAUCAAACAAAUCAACCAGGAUGAAUUCAAGGGCUUCUCCUACUUCGGAGAGGAGGCUUUGUCUUAAAGCCUAACUCGGUGUCUGUGAGCUCAAAUAUAUGUUAAACACACCCACAAACACUCAAAAACCCACAUCGCAUCGCAAUACAUGAACACACACUCCACAAAUGUUCUGAAGACGGGGCUCAGACCGGACCAGAGCAGAACGGCCAGUUCCUGUGGUUCAAUUCCCCUUUACUGCUGUUUUUGUUCAUUUAUUCUACUCUAGAUCUCCUAGAAGUGAAAAAAAAACUGCUGCAUAUGGAUCUCAUCACAGGCCUCAACGAGUUUGACAACUAAUCAGAAAAUGAAUGUUCUCCAGAGUCCAAGAGAGGAAGGGUCGGAACGCACUACCUUAAACCAAAAUUGAUACCAAUGAUUGUACUACAAUUUCAGACACCGGUCGGGUCUUUGCAAUGCCUCGAUGGAAAGGUCUUGCCCUUGAGGAGGAAUUUACCCUGCAUACGUGACAAUUGACAAAUGUUGUGCUGUGCAGUCAAAUGCCUUUUUGUGUAUUCAGGUGACAUUUUGGGAGCAAUUUUAUAAAAUAAACAAAGACAUUUGUAGUAAAUAUAUAUAUAUAUAUAUAUAUAUAUAUAUAUAUAUAUAUAUAUAUAUAUAUAUAUAUAUAUAUAUAUAUAUAUAUAUAUAUAUAUAUAUAUAUAUAUAUAUAUAUAUAUAUAUAUAUAUAUAUAUAUAUAUAUAUAUAUAUAAUAUUCAAUCAGUGUUAUGAAGGUCCAUUUGGAAUGAAGACCUGCUGUAUAUGGGUUGUGUUACGAAGUGUCGGCCUGAGUAGGUGUGUGCAUGACAUGUAUGUGUUCGUGUGCAUGUGUUCUGCAUGAAUGAGAGUGAGAGGCCCUUGCCCUCCUGAAGCUCUAUGGCUGUUUUCAUGUUGUUUUGCAAUGACUUUUCAUUUGCGCUCGACUGUGCAAAGACUACAGUGUGUGCGUGCGUGUGUGUGUGUGUGCGCGCGCGUGUGUGUGCCGUGUCCCCCGCUAUGCAUACGAAGGUAUAGUCGUGGACAGACAGACCAGUUACCAUAGCUGUCCGGUCGAUUUGUACAGAACGUAAUAUGUACAUAGUAUUCGCUCCAAAAGCCUGUGAAAGCUUCUUAGAGUAGGCAGUCGUUUGCAUGGUCUUGCAAAUUGUGUUGUUAUUGAGUAGCAUCAGUUUAUGGAAAGAAAACCAUGUUUUUGAUAUCUAUGUGCAAUACCCUGAACACAUUUACCCUAGUUUUUUCAUUACUUUCAAUUUUUUUUCUGUUUCAGUUUCUCUCUCGUACUGAUUUUCUCGUGCCGCCUAGGUUAGAGCUUCACCAAAGGCUUUCUCGCUCUCUCUCUCUCUCUCUCUUUCAUGCUUCUCUCUGCCGUUCUCAUGUACAUAGUUUGCUGAAGUACAUAAGCUGUGGAAUGUAGUGGAAAAAUGUGUGAGUUCUUAAUUUAUUCAAUAUACAUGUAGCUAUGCUUCCCUUUUUGUGUCAAUAAGUCGUUCGUUUCCUUUGCAACUUUUUGUGUUACUUUAUUUCAGACGAUUGUUACUCUGUAUAGCUUUCAAACCAGUCAGUCAUGUUUUAAAUUUUGUGAACGCCCUGUAGUUGAAUUAUUUACUUGUGCAAUGUGAAAGACUCUAAAGGAGAGUUGAACGAAAUGAAAAAAAGGGUACAUUUCAGGCGUACUAAUUAAAACCUUCUGGAAUGUGAUGACUUUUGCUUUAGCAACUCAAUGGCGAUUCGAAUAAGAUGUGUUACAUUGUUAUUUUAAAAGUGGUUGCUGACCUUUUAUUUCUGUCUGAAGUUUCUUUUUGUUUCGUUGUUUUGUUUUUUUUUUUUUUUUUUUACGUGUCUGUGGGUUGAUUACGGUAGCUAGGUCAAUGUUGCCGAUUGUCUUUGAAGCCUUUUUCCCUCACAGACACUUUCCUGUCUGUCACCCUCACUGUUUCAUGCCAAAUGUCUUGUUCAGCUUUAUUUUCUCCCGUCGUUUCCUUUUUAAAUGUAAAUGAAUGAACUUGAUAUAUAGGACGCAUCCAUGAUCUGUCUUCAAAGUCAAAACCGUAAAUAAACUAAGAAUUACCUCUUAAAUUAAGUGCAAAGAUUUCUCUGGCUGAAUAUUGAAUAUUUGCGCAUACAGUAUUAAAAUACAUAAAUGUUUCAUAUGUAUGAUAGUGCUGUAUUAUAUACAUCUGGUAUUGGACUUUAGUUUCUGUAUGGUGAAGCUUCAUGUGCACAGAGGUAUUUCUUUUCUGGAUACACUAGCGUUAUCUCGUAAGCAUUUUACUAUGUGCCAAAUGUACUGUCAUCUAAAGGAUGUGAAUGUUUUGUUUAACCUAUUAAACCCCAAGAUGUAUGAAAAA